UCCAGCUUGUUCUGGGUGAUCCGACCUGAAUUCAGCCAUAUUCCCACUGACCAGCCACACCGGCAGCUGCCUCUAACUGACCCAAAAACCGCCUGUAAUCCCCCGGCGCGUUGGCUCUCGGUGCUGACGGACAUUUUGAGCCCAGCAGAGCAGGUACCGAUGCUCCCAGACCCGUUCCCGGGCUGAUACACCGAGUAACGGUUAUGGAGCAGCGGCGGCCAAGCUGAGUCGACGCUGUUCCCGACGUCCCGAUUUCUGAGAGGAAAGUCCAGAUUUACCGGAUUAAAGCUCAUGCGGAGGACGGACAGACUCGGGCCUGCAGGCUGUUCGGCUCACGAAGCAACACUGCGACGGUAACCGGUGGAGACGCAGCGACAGACCGUUAAGCGGAGGCUCAAAAUGUCGGGAAUGUUUUCCCGGAGCUAACGGGCUAGCUGCUGCUAGCAGACUCGGCAGGAAGCGGAGCCCCGGCGGCAGCGCACACUCGGAGGGAGCGGCAGGUUGCGGUGGGAGAAUUAGCCGGACAGCGAACGCCAGUCCUUGGUCAGUAUGUCGGCUCAGGAGCGCCUGAAGCGGCUGGAGGAGCUGCUGCUGGAGCAGAAGGCGGCGGGUUGCCUCAGCAUGGAGGCGCUGCUCGACCUGCUACUCUGCCUCUACAUAGAGUGCUCCAACUCCCCGCUGAAGAGGGAGAAGCACAUCACCGACUUCCUGGAGUGGGUGAAACCCUUCACCACCACAGUGAAAGACAUGCGGCUGCACAGAGACGACUUCGAGAUGCUGAAGGUGAUUGGCCGAGGAGCCUUUGGAGAGGUUGCCGUGGUGAAGAUGAAGAACACUGAAAGGGUGUAUGCGAUGAAGAUCCUCAAUAAGUGGGAGAUGCUAAAGAGAGCUGAAACGGCGUGUUUCCGUGAGGAGCGUGACGUUCUGGUCAAAGGAGACAGUCAGUGGAUCACCACUCUGCAUUACGCCUUCCAGGACGAGAACUUCCUGUACCUUGUGAUGGAUUACUACGUGGGCGGAGACCUGCUGACGCUGCUCAGUAAGUUUGAGGAUCGUCUUCCUGAGGACAUGGCAAAGUUCUACGUGGCGGAGAUGGUUCUGGCGAUCCACUCCAUCCACCAGCAGCACUACAUCCACAGAGACAUCAAGCCCGACAACGUCCUGCUGGACGUCAAUGGUCACAUCCGGCUCGCAGACUUCGGUUCAUGUCUCCGCAUGAUGGAGGACGGCACGGUGCAGUCCUCAGUGGCGGUGGGGACUCCAGACUACAUCUCCCCAGAGAUCCUGCAGGCGAUGGAGGACGGGAUGGGCCGCUAUGGGCCCGAGUGCGACUGGUGGUCUCUGGGAGUCUGCAUGUACGAGAUGCUGUACGGAGAGACGCCGUUCUAUGCUGAGUCGCUGGUGGAGACUUAUGGAAAGAUCAUGAAUCACGAGGAGCGGUUCCAGUUCCCCUCCCAUGUGAGCGACGUGUCUGAAGACGCCAAGGAUCUGAUCCAGCGCCUGCUGUGUUCCAGAGAACGACGGCUCGGACUCAACGGGAUCUCAGACUUCAAGAGCCACGCGUUCUUCAGCGGGAUAAACUGGGACAACAUCCGGUCUGCGGAGGCCCCCUACAUCCCUGACGUGUCAUCACCCACUGACACCUCCAACUUUGAUGUGGAUGACGAUGUCUUGAAGAACCCGGACAUCAGCCCUCCGGUGUCUCACACCGGCUUCACCGGGCAGCAUCUUCCCUUCGUCGGCUUCACGUUCACCACCGACAGCUGCUUCUCCGACCGCAGCUCCAUCAGCCAGGCAGCGCCGGGGGUCCGGCAGGAGGAGGGGGGAGGCGGAGGGCAGGAAGUGGAGGCUUUCGAGAGGAGGAUCCGACGGCUGGAGCAGGAGAAACAGGAGCUGAACCGGAAACUGCAGGAGUCCACUCAGGCCUUGGCAGCUCCGGCUCGAGGAGGAACUCUGACUCGGGACAAAGAAAUCAAGAAGCUGAACGAGGAGAUCGAGCGUCUGAAGAAGAAAUUGGCAGACUCUGAUAGGCUGGAGCACCAGCUGGAGGAGGCGGUUACGCUCAGACAGGACUACGAGAGCUCCGCCUCCAAACUUAAAACCCUGGAGAAACAGGUGAAGACGCUGAGACAGGAAAAGGAUGAAGUCCACAAGCAACUGGCCGACUCUCUGGACCGCCUGAGAAGUCAGACCAAAGAGCUGAAGGAAGCCCACUCUCAGAGGAAGCUGGCCCUGCAGGAGUUCUCGGAACUGUCGGAGAGGAUGGCCGAACUCCGCUCCUCCAAGCAGCGGCUGUCCCGUCAGCUCCGAGACAAAGAGGAGGAGAUGGAUGCACUCCUGCAGAAGAUGGACGCCAUGAGGCAGGAAAUCCGCAAAACAGAGAAGAACCGCAAGGAGCUGGAGGCUCAGUUGGACGAGGCCAAGGCGGAGGCGUCGAAGGAGAGGAAGCUGAGGGAGAACAGCGAGGUUUACUCCAAGCAGCUGGAGACGGAGCUGCAGAGCCUGAAGUCUCAGCAGGGUCGAGGAGCAGCAGCUGGGGGGGCGGAGUCACAGCAGGAGCUGUCCCGUUUGAAGGCGGAGCUUGAUAAGAAGGUUCUGUUCUAUGAAGAGGAGCUGCUGAGGCGGGACAUGACCCACUCCAACGAGCUCAAGACCCUCCGCAAAGACCUGCAGGAGUCUGAGGGGGCUCAGCUCACCUCCAACAAGGAGCUGCUGCAGCUCAGAGACAAGCUGGAAAAGGCUAAAAGGGACAGGCAGUCCGAGAUGGAUGAGGCUGUUUCUGCUCUGAAGGAGAAACAUGAACGAGAGAAGAACCUGCUGACAGAAGAGAACCGCAAACUGACGGCAGAGACAGACAAGCUGUGUUCGUUUGUGGACAACCUGACUGCUCAGAACCGGCAGCUGGAGGACGAGCUCCAGGACCUGUCAUCUAAAAAGGAGAGCGUGGCCCACUGGGAGGCUCAGAUAGCGGAGAUCAUCCAGUGGGUCAGCGACGAGAAGGACGCUCGAGGCUACCUGCAGGCUCUGGCCACCAAGAUGACGGAGGAACUGGAGACACUGCGCAGUUCCAGUCUGGGAACCAGACCUCUGCCUGAGUCAGGAGUGGCCACGCCCCCUAGGAAGCCCUGGCCUCCUAUUGGUGGGGACAGAAGGGACCCGCUGUGGAAGGUGCGUCGCAGCCAGAAACUGGACAUGUCGGCCCGUCUGGAGCUCCAGUCGGCUCUGGAUGCUGAGAUCAGAGCCAAACAGCUCGUUCAGGAGGAGCUGCGCAAAGUCAAGGCUUCCAACAUCAACUUGGAGAGUAAGCUGAAGGACUCUGAAGAGAAGAGCAGGGAGAUGGUGGAGCAGAUGGAGAAUCUCAGGAAGGAGGUGGAGGAGAGCCGCUCCCGCUCUGACAAAGGUCUAAAGCUUCCAGACUUCCAGGACUCCAUCUUUGAAUACUUUAACACGUCUCCUCUGGCUCCAGACCUCACCUUCAGAGCGUCAGUUUGCUCCACCUCCUCACUGCUCGCCCUUUGGGAAGAAACUGCAGACAUUGACUCCGCCCCUCUGAAAUCUGAGACCAUGACCCCUUCACCUUCCUCUACCUUUGAACAUGAGGAUGGGAAAGCAGCAUCUGUCCCUGAAAGCCCCUCCCCCACCUUCCAGAGCUCAGCGGUGACCACACCAAAGCCCAAAGCCCACCAGCUGAGCAUCAAGACGUUCUCUACUCCGACCCAGUGCACCCACUGCACCUCCCUGAUGGUAGGCCUCAGCCGGCAAGGCUACGCCUGUGAAGUGUGCUCCUUCAUCUGUCACGUGACCUGCAAAGACCACGCCCCCCUGGUCUGUCCAAUCCCAGCAGAGCAGGCCAAGAGGCCACAAGGCAUCGAUGUGCAGAGGGGCAUCGGAACCGCCUACAAAGGUUACGUCAGGGUCCCAAAACCCAGCGGCGUGAAGAAAGGCUGGCAGCGAGCGUUCGCUGUGGUUUCUGACUGCAAACUGUUCCUCUAUGACAUCCCAGAGGGGAAGUCCACCCAGCCGGGUGUUGUGGCCAGUCUGGUUCUGGAUCUCAGAGACGAGGAUUUGACCGUCAGCUCCGUGUUGGCAUCAGAUGUGAUCCACGCCACUAGGAAGGAUGUCCCCUGCAUCUUCAGGGUGACGUCCUCACAGCUGAUCUCGCAGCUGUCCUCCGUGUCCCUGCUGGUCCUGGCAGAGAGUGAGGCAGAGAAGAAGAAGUGGGUCCGUAUCCUGGAAGGUCUGCAGAGCAUCCUGACCAAGAACCAGCUGAAGAGCCAGCAGGUCCACGUUCUGCACGAGGCCUACGACGCCUCGCUGCCCAUCAUCAAGACCACGCUCUCCGCUGCUGUGCUCGAUCGGGAGAGGAUCGCCCUGGGAACAGAAGACGGGCUGUUUGUGGUCGAGGUCACCAGAGAUGUGAUUGUUCGGGCCGCCGACAGUAAGAAGGUUUGUCAGAUUGAUCUGAUCCCGAAGGAGAAGAUCGUCGCUCUUCUCUGUGGUCGUAACCGCCAUGUGCACCUUCACCCCUGGGGAGUUCUGGAGGGCGCAGAGUCCUCAUUCGACAUCAAGCUGGCGGAAACUAAAGGGUGCCAGGCUCUUACCACAGGUGUGCUCCGACCUGGAGGCCCCGCCUGCCUGCUGGCUGCCGUCAAACGUCAGGUUCAGUGCUACGAGAUUACCCGAGCAAAGCCUCUCCAUAAGAAAUUGUGGGAGGUGCAGGCGCCUGGGGUCGUGCAGUGGUUGGGGAUGCUCCGGGAUCGACUGUGUGUAGGGUAUCCAUCUGGGUUCGCCCUGCUGGCCCUGCAGGGGGAGUCUUCCCCCAUCAGCUUGGUGAACCCAUCGGACCCAUCCCUGGCCUUCUUGGCUCAGCAGCCUCUGGAUGCCCUGCACGCCCUGGAGGUCGGGUCUAAUGAGCUGCUGCUCUGCUUCAGUCAGCUCGGCAUCUACGUGGACGGACAGGGCCGCCGGUCCCGGACGCAGGAGCUGAUGUGGCCCGCCACGCCGCUCGCAUGCUGCUCUAACUCCUCCCACCUGACGGUCUACAGUGACUAUGGGGUGGACGUUUUUGAUAUUCACACCACAGAGUGGGUCCAGACCAUCUCCCUGUGCAAGAUUAGACCUCUGAAUGUUGAAGGGACACUAAACCUGCUGAGCUCAGAACCUCCUCGUCUGAUUUACUUCCGCAACACCUCAUCAGAGGGCGACCUCACCAUCCCAGAGACAUCGGAGCACAGCCGGAAGUUGAUGGUCCGAACUCGCAGCAAAAGGAAGUUCCUGUUCAAGGUUCCUGAAGAGGAAAGACUGCAGCAGAGGAGGGAGAUGCUGAGGGAUCCUGAGCUCAGGUCCAAGAUGAUUUCUAACCCGACCAACUUCAACCAUGUGGCCCACAUGGGACCAGGAGAUGGCAUGCAGGUCCUGAUGGACCUCCCUCUGGUUGGUGACCUCACCUCCCUCUCACCCUCCCCGUCUCCCUCUCCCUCCUCUUCCUCCUCCCGUCACACCCUCAUCUCUCCCCCUUCCAACUUUGAGCACGUCUAUCACAUGACGUCGGCGUCGGCCGGCGCCUUCUUGCAGAAAGAGGCCUCCUCUUCCUCCUCCUCCCAGCAGAGUCUCCUGCAGCCUUCCUCCUCCUCUUCCUCCUCUCCCUCCAUCUCCUCUCUGGGAAGGAGUGUGAUGCCUUCCUCUCAGGAGGACUCUGCUAAAGAUAAGCCGCGCCCACUGUCCAGUAUAUCCCGGCAACAGAGGAGCAAGUCUCACAUCACUCGCACAGCUUCAGAUUUUGGGGGAGGGGCCUCAACCCGGAGCACCUGUGACGUGGACCAGGACCUGGACAGAGAGCCGGAUUCGGACUCCACCAAACACUCGACCCCCUCGAACAGCUCCAACCCAAGCAGCCCCCCCAGCCCCAACUCUCCCCACCGCAGCCAGCUUACCCUGGAUGGUCUGGACUAUGAGCCCUGAGGCCCUGCGCCCACAUGGCUGAGGACGGCUGAAUGAACCAAUCAAGCUGCAGACUGAAAGUUUAGCUUUUAAUUUGAAGAUUUUAUUGUGACGGGGUGUCUUGAGUUUCCUGCUGCUUAUAUUUUGUUGGAUUUUACCUGCUGGGAAGCCCCGCCCCCUUUUUAAAAUCCCUUCUGACACCGUUGUGUGAGGAUCUAUACCUGGAUGCGCCAUGGGACCAGUCACUUCCUGUUCUUCUGUAUUAAAUAACUUCCUGUUGAGUUGUAGCAUGUGUUAGCUGCUGAGCUAACUGUGGCUAAUUCCUGACAGAUGGGAGGUCUCACUCAAGAAAAAACACUGUAUUAAUUAAUUUUAAAGUUUUGUUAAAGUUGCACAUCAUCAUCAUCAUCAUCAUGGUUGUUGUAGAAGAAAAAUUAUUGUUAAUUUUGUCAGUGAUAAUCUUUCCUUUUGCCCCUCCCCCCUCAGCCUGACCUGCCAUCUGCUUUGGUGGGGCAGGUGAGUGGUUUCACACCUGAACACUACUGCUUUUUGUUUCUUCCAGAAUCACCAGUUAAAGAAUCUUUGUAAUGAUAAAAUAUUAGCAGCCAAAAACCACAAUAAACCAAGCUAAAGAGAA